AUGGCUUCUUAAAGUGAAGAGAAAGACUUGAUAGGAUCCAUAUUAAGUGGUAAUGAUGAAUUCGUUAUUGUAGAUUAAGAUGACAAACAAGAAAUCGUUCUCAAAAAGGCAAGAAAGAACUUAUCCUUGAAAUCAAAAGAAUUCGAUCCUCAAAUACAUCCAAAACAUUAAGAAUUUCAGACUUCAAAUGCAAGCAUAUUAUCAACAGGAUAUUAAUCGCAACUUAAACAUCAAUAGAAAUUUAGUCUUAACCUUUCUAGUGCUUUACAAUAAACUGCUGAUUAGGAUAAUAAUACUUCUUCAAUCGAUCAUUUCUAAUCCUUUGAUUCCUUUGGUUAGUUACAAAGAAAACAAUCGACUAAGAAGCAUCAUACUAUGCAACCAAUCGAAUAUUAAAACUCUUCUUUGGUAUUCACGAGUGAUUAGUGCAUAGAGAGUAAAUUAUCCUUAAGCCAAACAGACCUUGAAUAAAUCUGUGGGAAUUAAUUAAUCAACAGGAAACUUUAGAAUAUUUUGGAUGGCAAUGAUAUCAAUGCAAAAAGAGUGAUUUUCAAUCAAGUUGAAAAGAUAUGUUUGAAGGCUUCGAAAGAUAUGUUUGGAAAUUACACAGUUUAAAAGAUUUUCGAGGUUGGAACUCAAGAUUAGAAACAACGAAUGUAUAAUCUGCUAAUUAAUCAAAUCUUUGAUUUAUCAAAAAAUUAAUAUGCAUGUAGAGUGGUCUAGAAAAUGAUGGAAUUUAUAAAAGAUCAUACCUAGUUAGUAGACAUAUUUUUAUAAAUUAUGUACCCCCAGAUAAAUCAAUUAUUAAAUGAUUCCAAUGGCAAUUACGUCAUUCUUUCUUGCUUUGAGUUGUUUAACAAGAAUUAGCUAAUUUUUAUGAUUCCAUACAUAGAAGAUUCGUUAUAAUUUAUGUCAAAACAAACUUAUGGAUGCAGAGUCAUUUAGAAGGUUUUAGAGUUAUAUCCAAUAGAAUAAACCUAAAGAAUUCUGGACAUCUUGAUGACUCUUGCGUCUCAAUUAUGUUAUUAGGAAUUUGGAAAUUAUAUCAUUUAGUAUCUAUUAAAGAGUGGACCUCCAAAAGAGAAAUAAAUCAUUUGUUCGAUUAUUAAGGAUAACUUUGAAUAACUAAGUAUAAAUAAAUUUGGAAGCAACACUGUGGAAAAAUACAUCGAUAUUAUGGGGCCGAAUUAAAUUAUUACAAUUUUAUGUUCAAUUUCAAAUGAUUAAUUUGUAUUUUACAAUUUGUCUAUCAAUCCUUUUGGCAAUUAUGUUAUGAAAAAGGUAUUGAUCAGUGGAGAUCCAUCAGUGUAGUAUUUCAAAAGCUUAUUGAAAUAAUAUCCAGAUCUAAUUCAAAGAAUUAAAAACUCUGAUUUCGGAUAAAGAGUUGGAUUAAUUAUGGAUGCAUUAUGA